CAUUUCUCCGCGUCCCCACCGCCGAAACCACCCACCCUCAUGUUCGCGCGUGCCUUCGCGCGCGUGUACCCGCGGAGAGAAUUCAUUAUGUAACGCGUUCGCAAGCACAUCCCCGCACGGCCGAGUGUGAGGUCGCUUUAAGAGCUAUCUCAGCUGCUGUCAGAGAAUCCGCGCAGGUUUGUGUUUUCUCCUCCAACACAAACUGCUGUGUCUCACUUGACGUGAGGCAGCGCGCGCCAAGUCCCAGAGGAAGCACCGUUCAGGAGCUGUGGUAGAGCAGACAUCUCCUCCACCUGUCCGGAGCUGAGAGGGUGCACCACAUCUGUGCUGAGGAUCCAAGGAAAGCUGCAGAGCGCGCACUGACCACUCUCACAUGUGGUCUUCCCGCCACAAAAUGGUGACUGCUGUGUCGUCUUUCCCACGCCGAGGAUGAAGGAAAACUGUGAAAACGGCAAAUACUCGUUUUAUGAAGUAAACGACAUAAUAUUUUAAUUCGCUUUUUGUGAACCAAGGGAAAACCCAUUAUGGAGCUGGAGCACAACACUAAUCACAACCAAGCCUUGUGGAAAGAGAUACCGUGGGACUUCACAGAGGACUGCUCGCUCUCAGUGAGUGGCACCACUUUCCUCAUCAUCGCUUACAGCACCGUCAUGGCCGUGGGUCUCAUCGGGAACUCGUGCCUGGUGUUUGUCAUCACGCGGCACAAGGAGAUGCAAAACGUGACCAACAUCUUGAUCGUCAACCUGUCCUGCUCCGACAUCCUCAUGUGCAUCUUCUGCCUGCCGGUCACCAUCAUCUACACUCUGAUGGACCACUGGAUCUUAGGCGAGGCCCUGUGUAAGCUCACACCCUUCAUCCAGUGCAUCUCGGUCACCGUUUCCAUCUUUACCCUCAUUCUUAUCGCCAUGGAGCGCUAUCAGCUCAUUGUCCACCCGACCGGAUGGAAGCCCGUGGUCAGCCAGUCCUAUCUGGCUGUGGCUGUCACCUGGUUCGUGGCUUGCCUUAUCUCAGUGCCUUUCCUGUCAUACAGUGUGCUCACCCUGCCUUUCCAGAACCUAAGCGUCCCUUUCCUCGUCAGCGAUCACCUUGUUUGUAUGGAGCAGUGGCCGUCGCUUCAGGAGCGGAGAACCUACACCACCUCCCUGCUCGUCUUCCAGUACUUCCUCCCGCUCGUCCUCAUCAUGGUCUGCUACCUACACAUCUACCUGCGCCUCAGGAGGAGGAAGGACAUGGUGGAGCGCGGCAGGAACGCCACUCAAAAGAAAAACAAGGGCUCCACGCGGAUCAACGCCAUGUUGUUUUCCUUAGUGGUGGCGUUCACCGUCUCCUGGCUCCCGCUCAACGUCUUCAACACCGUGUUUGACUGGAACCACGAGGCCAUCCCGUCCUGCAGUCACAACACCAUCUUCUCCUUCUGCCACCUCAUCGCCAUGGCCUCCACCUGCAUCAACCCCAUCGUCUACGGCUUCCUCAACAGCAAUUUCCAGAAGCACCUCAAGUCCACGCUGUUGCACUGCCGCUGCUGGCCGGCGGCAGAGAGAUACGAGAGCAUCCCGCUCUCCACCGUCAGCACGGAAGUCACCAAGGCGUCAAUCCUGAGCAACGGAUCCAUCACCAUCAAUUCUUAAUCCCAGGCCUUUUUAAUAAAAGACAAAGACACGACCCGGGGGGGGGGGGCCUCUGCAGCUCUCACUGUGUCAUCCAAGCAAGGCUGACAUUUUUUGCAAAGAUACAAACCUCACGACAGCGGUCCAGUGAGAGCAGACUGAAGACGCCGCGUGCCAUCGACGUGGCACCGAGCCCGCAAUUCAAAAUUAACGAGCAGGCAGAUAACAACGCGAUGGUGCAAAGGUUGUCGAGCGACUGCAGACACUUAGCGUGACUCUCGUCCGUCCCGCUCCCAGUGUGCUGUUGGACUGAAGAAUCAGCAUUUAAUCUGUUAUACAAAUUUCACCUGUUUUUUUUCUUCCCGAGUACCGAGAUCUCCUGAUAAAACCACCGUGUACCGACAAAGACGAAGCGUUGUCACCGUUGUUGUUGUAUGCUUACAUAUUGAUUACAAGAUAUUUAAAUGAUCGUGGAACUGUGAUGUUUUAGAGAUUAUCACCGUAGUAGCUCAUCACGCGAGCACAUUAGUGCACUAAACGCUUCAGCCUUUCAUUUAGCUGAAUUUACCAGCAUCGAUUAUUAUCUAAAAUCACCACAAACUAUAUAAUAAUUUCAUAAAAACCAUCGGAAAGAGCCACAUUUCCCUCUUCCAUGGUCCGUGUUCCAGUAUAUUGUGUGUGGGGUGGGUUUUUUUUUUUCCCUCAUGACAUUUUCCAUGCGACAAACUUUUACUCUAUAUCAAGUGCCAUAAAACGACGACAACAAAAUUGCCAGUGGAGGCUUCAUUUUACUGUAUAUAUAUAUAUAUAUAUAACGUCACUAAAUACAUGUAUGGCCUGUAAAAGAUGUGUCACAGUCAUAGUUUAUGGUGUUUUUGGCAAUAAAGAGCAACUGCGAAGCGUCGCAGAUACAUUUCCUACCAAACUUGUUGUUUGUCACUUCUGAACUGAAAUAAAAAUAUU